CUUUCUGCAAUCAUGUCCAUACUACUCCCAAGCGCAGACGUCAAGUCGAAGCCCAAAGACAGGCAGGAUCAGAGGUGGUCUGCUCGCUCGUACUCCCCCCAGCGUGACUCACUCCGUCCGUCGCUCCGUUAAUCGCCGUCGCGGCAAGAGUCGCAAAAGUCGCAAUGGGUCGCAAGAAGAAGUUCGUCGACAAGAAGAGCGCGGCGUCGUUCACGCUCAUGUACCGCGAAUCCAACGACCCCGACGCGCCCGGCGAGCGCGUCUUCGUGCGCACCGAUCCCGGCAGCAACCACGUCCCGGGAUUCUCGGACGACUACCAGCCGCCGAUCCCGGAAAACGCGGAGGAUUUUAGCGGUGAGGAGUGGGAAGAGGACGAGGAGGAGGAGGCGGAGGAGGAGGAGGGGGGAGAAGGUGCGGAGGGGGGAAGCGUCGCUGGCAGCCGAAGGUCCCGAGCGCAAUCGCACGCAGUCGCACGCGCGACAGAUGGCGACGACACGGCGUCUGUCGCAGGCCGAUCGCACGCGAGCACGAGACGCGGCGGGGGAAGAGGACGCGACUUGUGGGCGGGGAUGGGGGGAGGCGGCGGGCGUGGGGGAGCGUGGGGCGGUUGGGAUGGGGAGAGCAUGAUGGGCGGAGGCAGCGUGGCCGGGCAGGGCAAAAAAAAACUUUCUGAGAGCGCCCGCCGCGAAAUUGUUGAGUUAGGGUUACCCGACGACGGUUACGACUACACGCAGCAUCUUCGGGUGAUCGGGCAGACGAGGACGUUCGCGUCGUUCGUUCCCGCCGAGGCCCCCGCUGCUGCUCUGCCGGACGACGUCAAGAUUUACAAAGCCACGCGCCUGACCGUGCGGCCAGACACGUCAGCUGCCACGUCAGCAGCUGCUGACGCGGCAGCUGCUGACCUGGAGGUCGUCGCUAAGAUCUCCUCCGUCAUUAAGGAGAUUCGCCCGAAACGCGGAUUUACCGCCGCCGUGCCGCCAACCCGCGCGGUUCAAAGCGCAGCGGCGGCUUCCGCGAGUGCGCAAGCGGGGGAAACCGCGGCGGGGGAGGGCGGCGCAUCUUACCUGGGCGUCUCGGGGCUAGAUCCGGAGGUUUUAGCUCUGCUAGAGGAUGGGGCGGGCGGAGGGGAAGAGGGGGAGGAGGGGGAGGAGGUUUUCGGGGAGUUGGAGGACGAUUUCAUUCUGCUGGCGACUGCUGGGGGGGAGGAGGAGGAAGCGGAGGCGGAAGAGGAGGGGAACGAGGUGGAGGGGGAAGGGGAGGGGGAGGGGAAGGGGGAAGCGGAGGGGGAGAAUUUGGCGGAAGAAGGUGAGGGUACGGGAGCGGCAGGAGACACGGUCAUUGGGGCGAGCGUGCAAGCCUCUGCAAGCAGGGUUGAGGGUUCAGGGUUUAUCGGGGAAGGGGGUAAGCUUGGCGGGGGAGAGGGGGCGAGCGCGGCGGCGGAGGGGAAGGAGGCGUUCGGGGGGGAGGAGGCAAGGCGGAGGGCGGAGGAUGAGGCCAAGAGCCGCGCGCAGGCGGAGGAGAAUCUGAGAGUGCUGGAGGAACAAGUGAUGCUGCUUGCUGAGCGGGAAUAUGCCGAUGCUGACCUGGACGACUUUGACGAUGACGUGGAUGGGGACCACGGGGGCGGCACGGGGGGGGCGGCAGCAGGGCAUGCGGAUAUUUCAAUGUUCAGCAACGUGCUGGACGACUUCCUGGAAGCUUCCCGGCGGGAGAGCCUGCUAGAGCUGAGGAAAGGGGGGGCGGUUGUGCGCAUGGGGAAGGGCGGGGGGAAGGGGGAGAGUGGGGGAAAUGGGGGAACCAAGGAUGGGGGUGAGAGGGGAAGGAAGGGAAGGGAGGGGGAAGAAGAUGGGGAGGUGGAGAUUGAGGCUGUUCCUAUUGCGCCUGGGGAGGAUGAGACGGGCGGGAAGGGAGGGGAGAAGGAGGGCGAUGGGGAGCAGACGGAGGGACAGGGGAGAGGUGCGGAGGGGGGUAUUAGGGAGGUGGGAACAGAGGAGGGAGAGGAGGAAGAGGAAGAGGAGGAGGAAGAGGAGGAGAUAGUAUGGGAGCGGGAGGAGGAGAAGGAGAGGGAGAAGUGGGACUGCGAGUCGAUCGUCUCGACCUACUCCAAUCUCGACAACCACCCCGCGAGAAUCACUGCCCCGUCAAAAGCCCGCAGGGGGGGCCGAGCAGGAGGGGCGACAGGAGGAGCAGCAGCAGGGGGGUUGAUCGGGGUGGAGGAGAUUCGGCUCAAGGGGCGAGCCCAGUUGCCGGCUGGUUUUCUGCCUGGCAGGGAGGGGAAAGGGGGGAGGUUUCAGAGGGUUGAGGAGGAAGGGGGAGAGGAGGGGGAGGGGGAGGGGGAGUCAGGGGGAGGAAGGGGAGGAGAGGUGGGUGGUGCGAUGUUGGUGCGGCCGAGAGGCAGGGACAAGGAGACAGCUGAAGAGAAGAAAGCGAGGAAGGAAGCCGUCAAGGCCCAGAAGCGGGCGGCUAGGGAGACGAAGAAGCAGACGAGGGAGAUGUACAAAGUGGAGGGCAAGAGGGCUCAGAAGGGGGCGGCAUCUACUGUAGCACAGGGUAUUCAUUUACUGUAGCGCAACGGAUGCAUCACUGUUCUUUGCGAGAUCAUCUUAUCCAUGGGAGAUGCAUUCAAUGUAGAGAGAAGGAUCCUGGUAUCUGUAAGAGCAUGAGUGCAAGUCCUGUUUUGUUGCGUUAGAUACGGUAAGAAUGAAAGCAUGCAUUGGAUUGAGAGCAUUAUUGUGGAGUGUAUAGUUUCCAGC